AUGUCAGUUGUGAAAUUAUACAUUGUUGCACCUUUGUUGAAUGGGGCAGAGAAUAAGGUCAACUCAGAUGCUGAUUUAAGGUGGGAAUAUCUAAUGAGUGAUACCCAACUCAUUGCUCCUGUGUCAAGUGAGUAUGGUCCUAAUGAUGAGUUGAUAAGUUUAUGUGAAUCUGAUGAUGAUUGUGUUGAUGGUGCUUAUAUGCACCAGGAUUACAUUAUUUCAAGGGAUUUUGGAGAAAAAGAACUGGAAUUGGGCUUGAAAUUUGGGUCAACUGCUGAUUUUAGGUUGGCACUUAGGGAAAGUGCAUUGAAAAACAAGUUUGAUAUAAUGUUCACAAGGAAUGAUGGAGAUAGGGUAACUGCAAUGUGCAAAGCUGAAUGUAGUUGGAGGAUACAUGCAAACAAACCUGAAAAUGAAGAUUGCUUGAUUAUUAAGACCUAUGUGCCAGAACAUACUGACUGUUUAUGGUUUCAUACAAAUGGACAGGCCUCAUCAACCUUCUUAGCAAACAAAUAUUGUGAACAAGUGAGAUUAAACCCUAAGAUACCUAUGGGAACACUUAAGAGCACCAUUGCAUCUGAAAUGAACAUUGAUAUGUCCACACAUAAAGUUUAUAGGGCAAAAAGAAAGGUAUUAGAAUUGAUUGAAGGGAAUGAUGCUGAGUGGUAUGGUAAAAUGAGAACCAACCCUGGCAGUGUAGUUAAAAUACAAACUGAGCCCACUGCUGAUGAAAAUGUUAGAAGGCCACUAAUUGGUGUAGAUGGAUGUUUCCUAAAUGGUCCUUAUGGUGGUCAUCUACUGAGUGCAGUGUCCAUGGAUGGGAAUGGUCAAAUGUUCCUAGUUGCAAUUACAGUGGUAGAGUCUGAGAUAAGAGAUUCUUGGGAAUGGUUUAUGGGAGAGUUGAUGAAUGUUGUAGGGCCAUACAAUGAUAUAACCUUCAUCUCUGAUAGAUAG